GGGGGGGGAGUUGGUCGCAGCUGGUCGUGCUGGCGAGAUGCUUGCUAGUGUUGGUGCGAUGGUCACCUUCCACUCCGCCAUCAGCUGGUUUUUGGUGCUAGAUGGUGGUAGUGUUGGUGCACGGGGUUCAAAAGCAAAUAUAAAUAUCAAAUCGGGCGGGCUGGCAAGGCCUACUUUUCCGAACCGGUUCGGAAAGGUGGAAACCCGUUUCGCGCAGGGAACCGGUUUUGCUGUUCGGCACACCCGCGGUUGGGGAAGUUCGGGCCGACGCUAAGGUGCGCAUGUCCCGCACGGUCCCGAAGCGUGGAAGCACUCACGCCGCACCAGCACAUAUCGCCGGAAGGCGCGUCAGUUUGCCAUCGGCGAACGGGUUUUCAUGCGAAAUCAGUCAGUUUGGUGGAGAUUCUCACGCGAGUCGAACCGAGCCGUAAAUGGGAUUUGAGAAUUAGCCGACCCGAGGCGAGCGUCACAGCGCAACCCGUAACUUAGCGCGAGCCCCGUGCGUGUGUCCGCCGCCGUGUGUGAUGAUUAUGCAAAUGUGCAAGGUGCGAAACGGGUGCAACGGUCACACCGGAGUUCAUGUGCAACGGGAAUGAAAUGCGAAACGAAACGUACUAAUACGUGUGCUAUUACUAGCCGUGCUACAGUGUUGAACCGUUACUAAUUCAAAACGACCAAACAGUGGGUGUCCGUGGUGCUGUGAGGGUGGCAAUGUUUUCCUUUCGAAACCGAUCCCCGGAACCGGUGUAAUUAAGCAGAAUAAACCGUGCCCCCCGCCGUUCGUUCAGUUCGGGGAAAACGUUGGGAAAACAAUAAUUUGAUCGGAAAAAAGGUGAAAAAAGGUGUACCGAAAAAAAACCGAGCUGACAGUUUGACACGCGUUUAUUUCACCUCGUCAGUGCGGAGUGUUGCACCCAAAAAAAAAGUGUCCGGUUGAAAAGCGCUCGUUUCGGUCUCACCUUCCCUUUAUGACGUGGUGCCCGUCAGCACGGGAACGAUUAAAUUAAUUUUUCUAUUCAGUUCCGAUAGCCGCCUUCUGGCCGCCCCGUCGCGACGGUUCCACGCUCACCGGGAGCGGCAACGAUAUUGGAUUAGAUUACGGCUUACGGCAUGACAGUUAUUUAGUUGACGAGUCGGUCCACGCGGACAAAAAAGUGCAAUCGUUUCCCUCGACACCACGGCCUGCUGCUGAUGAACUGACGGGCGCUAGCACGCCGACAGCCACUGGCUUGUUUGAAGUCAAGCGAAACAAUACAACAAAAAAUGGAAACAUAACAUCAUCCCUGGAAACUGCAUCAUCAAUCCAUUGCAGGGUCCGCGGCGGUGAUCCAAAAGGGUCCGCUUGACGCGAUACAUACUAAUGAUUUAAUAAUGCGGGCGCGUAUGCAAAUGAAGGCUGCUGACGAUGGCAGUCGCUGUCCGGGACAUGAUGGCAGCCUUCUUGCGACGGCAUCUCCGGCCUCGCGCCUCUGAACUGCGCCGCACGACUGGGCGGUGGUGUGGUGGUCAGACCGUUUGAGCUACUUGAGCCAACAACACGCAAAAAAAAGUACAACCUAUCCUUCAUCACCAGCGUCAGCGUCAAGCGAGCUUGGUACUUGGGUGCACUUGGGUGGUCCUCGCGCGAACUCGCGAACUAACUCCAAACACUGCUGAAUCAUUCAGUCCUGUUUGUGGUGACGGUAGUGCGCUUGCUGCCGAUGGCAGCCUAACCCGUGACACCGGAGAAUCGGGUUACUGGACACCCAGUAUGAAUGUGCGUGUGUUCGAGAGUUUUUUUUCCUCGUUUCUUCCACUCUUUGUUUGCUGUGCUUUGAUUUGAGCGCGAGAAAAACUGAUUCGAAGCGUGAGUUGGUGCGCUAAAAAGUGCGUGCGCGUGCAGCGAGAGGAGUGAUUGAUGAAUAAUUUAAAAUGUGCUGACUGACGGUGAAGCAAAAGCCGCGGGAGAGUGUUCCUGUCAGAGGCCGUAGGUAGGAGAACCUACGCUCGGCGAUGUUUGAAGUGGAUAUCAUAAAUUAAUCUACCACACAGUUGUGAUCUUCGCGCUGUGGAGCGAAUCCCACGAAGAAAAAGUCUAGUGAAAGUGCACAACGCGAAGGAGUGGUACGUACGGCAAUAAAAGCAAAAGGUGGCCCUUAACGUGUGUGUUUCUAUGUGUGUGUGUAGUAAAAUGGUGUAAGCCCACCAGACCCCAUUGUUGGCGAGUGUGCGGCCAGUAGCCUCCCAAGACGCUGGUGGUGGCGACCCGAGGACGCCUGCAGGGGGAGCAGUAACGAAAUAUUUUUCCCAUCAGCCGUCGGCUUUCUCGUGGGCCAUCCAAUUGCUGCCUCCUCGGCUGUGGGUGGCGACAAGCAACGCAACGCGUAAAGGCGGGCCGCACCCACCCAAAACCACCCAAACCACCAGCCAAUAGAAAAAUCAACAUGGAAACACGAAUAGGAUUAUUAGGAUUAUUUUUCUAUUACUUCGUCGUGAUUUCUACGGUGCUCAACAUCAUCAGCGGCGAGGUGCAAUCCUACUGGGAGCAACCCUUUGCGCAGCCUUACUUCGACAAUAGCACAAAGCGGGAGGUCACCGCCACCGUGGGCCAGUCCGCAUUGCUGCACUGCAGAGUCCGGAAUCUGGGCGACCGAGCGGUGUCCUGGAUACGGAAACGUGACUUACAUAUCCUCACCGUGGGCAUUCUCACUUACACCAACGACCAGCGCUUCCAGUCGCUGCACACCGAGGGCAGCGACGAGUGGACGUUGCGCAUCACGUCGCCCCAGCCCCGGGACUCCGGCACCUACGAGUGUCAGGUAUCGACGGAGCCCAAAAUUUCCCAAGCCUUCCGCCUCAACGUAGUGGUUUCGAAGGCGAAAAUACUCGGCAACUCGGAGCUAUUUAUCAAAAGCGGAAGCGAUAUCAAUCUCACAUGUGUUGCACUGCAGUCGCCGGCGCCACCGUCCUUCAUCUACUGGUACAAGGGCGGCCGGGUCGUUAAUUACUCGCAGCGCGGCGGCAUCAGCGUCCUGACGGAGCGGCAAACCAAAACCAGUAAAUUAGUGAUUGCGCGCGCCAUGCCAUCGGAUUCCGGCAACUACACCUGUUCGCCGAGCAGCUCAGACUCCGCCAGCGUUGUGGUGCACGUCAUCAAUGGAGAGCAGCCAGCCGCAAUGCAGCACGGCAACAGUAGCGCUAAUAGCGUUUUAAUAAAUAAUCGCAGCUUUAGCCACCGCGGCCACGGGCCGCUCGACCGAUGGUUGGCCUACCUGGGCGGGAGUAAAAAUUUAAUAUUAUCAUUAGCGUCGACCGGGCUGUGCUGGCUGGUAAAAUCGAUCAGCAGCCCGUUAGGUGGCACCGGCAGGUGAUUUACGGCGUAAAAACCCUCGCCGUGAUGUGGAGACGCACUCCAAUGUUUGUCGGGCGACAGCGGCAGUCGGCCAGCAGGAUGACGCAGUCUGGCCCCAUCCGGAAUGGAUAUCAUGUGUACAUUUAUAGUUAGAAGAAAUCUAGUCCUAAGAAAAGCAGUCUGGCGAGUGGCAAACGUUGUUCAAUGUCAGCAAAGUGUCCUCCCCGAAACCACCAAACAGUAACCGAGCGGUGCAGCAACUUGGCAGCAGGUCUGUGGCCCAUUUCGCAGUAAUCGGAUCGGAUCCAUUUGCGUUGCCAACCCAUCAAACAUGCCCCAGCUGUAACGAUACACAAGGCACCGGAAUGCGGUCAUCUCAAACCAAUUCCAAACUCCGAUUGCAAAUGUAAAUAAUCCAUUAGCCGUUACAAUUACAAAGCCCAAACACACACACACUCACUCACACAUACGAACCGUAAUGGAACGCGGCCAGCAUCGACGCGCCAUGCAUCUUGCAUGUUACCGAGCUCUUUGCAUAGCAACCAGACAGAUCACAAGGACACCGCAGCCUACUAUGCCAAAGACACCUGUUCCACCGCACACACACACCGCUACCACAUCUCAUUAACCUGCUCUCUCACCUUCGACCGUACCGCGGGCAGUGGCCGGGAAAAUGGCAGCCAUCGGGACACAAUACAAUCCCCACAAUGUAAAUACAAUGGCUGUCCAGUGUUUGAGCGCAAAACGGAUGUACGUCACGGCAUUAGCGUCAAAGCGAAGAAAGAUGUAUGAAACAGUAGCUUGGAGGUGCGUUGAGGUUCGAGGUACCGAGCGUAGCGAAUAAGACUUGUUAUCAUUAGCUGAAAACUCCCUCUUCCCCAAUCCAAAGUAAAACACCCCUUCACGUGAUUCGUUUCAAAGGCGAAUCAAAUGAAUGGGUGGUCUCUAGCGUUAAAAGUGGUAAUGUUAUCAUUUUGUCCCCCCAACCAUCCAUCCACCCACCCUUCAUGUUCGUUCGCCGGAUGACGCUUUAAGGACACAAAAACACAACCGGACAGUAACAUUCAUCAUGAGGUUUUUGUUUCACCAGCUUCGCCACAGUCUUCCCGCUGAAGCACAAAGCGCCGUCAGAGCCGUCUCUGGCAUUCUACAGGAUCUUCACUUUCCAUCACCACCACCACCACCACCAAUUCAAACAGACACUCUCACCGUGCGUCAUCUUUGUGCAAUACAUAUAUACGAUUUUACUGUACGUAAUGAUGUUGCAUAGACUCAAAUAAAUUGAUGAUUUCUUUUCUACGAA